CUCUUUUGUUUUUAAUCUGAAAAUUUUCAUAUCGGCCGAAAACAAACGCGGUCACAAAACAAAAUGUCCACAGUAUCAAUGAGUCUAAACCUAAUCGGUGCGUUUAAGGGUCUGUCUUUAUCGGCGAGCUCUUCCACAUCAUUUUUCAAGGGCGAACUUAGCGUGGCUCCGAGAUCAGUCACCGUUUCCCUCCCACAGAAAACGCCGUUUCCAUUAAUCAUCGAAUCCGCCCACAAAAAGGGAUCCGGGAGUACAAAGAACGGCCGUGAUUCGCGAGGUCAACGCCUCGGCGUUAAGAUAUAUGGUGACCAAGUGGCCAAGCGUGGUGCUAUUAUUGUUCGUCAGCGCGGCACCAAGUUUCAUCCGGGAAAGAACGUGGGGAUUGGGAAGGACCAUACAUUAUUCUCAUUGAUUGAUGGACUUGUGAAAUUUGAGAAGUGCGGUCCGGAAAGGAAGAAAGUUAGUGUUUACCCACGAGAAGUGCAGCCUGAAAAUCCCAAUAGUUACAGAGCAAGGAAGAGGGAGUACUUCAGAUUGCAGCGUGAGAAAAAGAAGGCUAGAAAGGAAGGCUACGUUGCUGAACCACAACUGGUAUUGGCUUCUUCUGCUGUUGAUGAUGCAGACAACAACCCAAUUUGCUAAAUCUCUAUAUUUUUCAGUUCUUAAUUUUUUAGGCAUUCAUUCUGUCAUGAUACAAUGGAGCAGAUUACUUGGUUUAAUGGAUUUUCUUGUUUUGUAA